CGGGCGGGCGGACAACGGCAUGGAGCUGGGGCUGGAGGCGCUCGGGGGGCUGCCCGGCGUGGCGCACACGGGGGCGGCCGAGCUGCUGGGCCCGGGCCCUCCCCGAGGGACGGGCUCGGGGGCGCAGCACCGCGGGCUGGUGGCGCCGGGCCGGCCGGGGCUGGUGGCGGGCGCGGGGCCGGCGGGGGGCGCGGGGGGCCCCGACUUCCGCGGGGAGCUGGCAGGCGCGCUGCACGCGGGGCUGGGCCUGGCCUGCGAGGGGCCGGGGCUGGGCGGCUCGUACCCGCCCCUCGCGCCGCUGCAGCACCUGUCGCCGCUCGGGGACAAGUUCCACCCGCACGCGGCCGCGGUGUCGGGCCCGCACGGCGCUCACCCGCACCCGCACCCGCACCCGCACGCGCCCCCGCACGCGCACCCCGGGGCGCCCCCGCCGCCGCCGCCGCCGCCGCCCCCGCAGCGCCUGGGCGCCCCGGUGAGCGGCACCUUCACGCUGCUGCAGGACGAGCGCGGCGCGCUGGCGCCCGUGGGCCCCCUGUACGCGCCCUACCGCAAGGACCCGCUGGCCCCGCUGUCGCCGCUGCACGGCCCGCAGCCCCCGCCCGCGCCCCCCGCGCUGGGCGCCUAUGGCCCCGGGGCUCUGGCCGCCGACAAGCUGCUGCCCGGCGCCUUCGAGCCGCUGCUGGGCCGCGCGGAGGACGCGCUGGGCCGGGGGCUGCCCGGGGGCGCGGGCGGUGCGGGCGGCCCCGGGGGCGCGGGGCUGCUGGGCGGGGGCGCGGCGGGGGCCGGCCCCGGGGCGGCGGGGAGCGCGGCGGCCGAGGAGAUCAACACCAAAGAGGUGGCGCAGCGCGUGACGGCCGAGCUGAAGCGCUACAGCAUCCCGCAGGCCAUCUUCGCGCAGAGGGUGCUGUGCCGCUCGCAGGGGACCCUGUCGGACCUGCUGCGCAACCCCAAGCCCUGGGCCAAGCUCAAGUCGGGCCGCGAGACCUUCCGCAGGAUGUGGAAGUGGCUGCAGGAGCCCGAGUUCCAGCGCAUGUCGGCGCUGCGCCUGGCAGCCUGCAAGCGGAAGGAGCAGGAGCAGCAGAAGGAGCGCGCCCUGCAGCCCAAGAAGCAGCGGCUGGUGUUCACGGACCUGCAGCGCCGCACGCUGGUCGCCAUCUUCAAGGAGAACCGGCGCCCGUCCAAGGAGAUGCAGGCCACCAUCUCGCAGCAGCUCGGCCUGGAGCUCAACACCGUCAGCAACUUCUUCAUGAACGCGCGGCGCCGCUGCACCAACCGCUGGGCCGACGAGCAGGGCGCCGCGCCCGGGGGCCCCGCCGCCACCUUCCCCAAGGCCUGAGCCGCGCGCCCCCGCCGGCUGCAAAGCACAGAGCGAGGCGCGGUGUUUGGACGCGGGAGCUCAGCAGGAGCCCUCCCGCCCCAGCCCCGCGCGGACCUGCCCCUCUCCACCCACUUCUCUGCAGAGUCGCCAAACCCCCACGUAGAGCCCCGACCCCAAACCCAAAGCAAAUGUC